AAUAAUACCCUCCGGCCCAACAUCUAUAUCGGCGUAUAUUAUAUAAUAUUUAUAGAGGAAUAUAUACUUCCUGUAAACUGUAAUAUCCUAAUAGACGAGAAUCUAUAUCGAUACUUUAAGAUUUAUAUCUAUAAAAUAAACUAUUUUAAUAUUAAAAAGGUACUACUUAUAAAGGUUAACUUCUAA